CUGCCCUCUAACGUUAAUGGUUAUAUGAGCUAAGAUGGAUCGUCUGCUGUGUUUAUGUUCUCUCAUUAUCACUUUUCGGUGUCAUCUUUCUUCAUCAGAACACUUCUCUGUUAGAGUUUCAUGUGAGACGAAAGUUGCAGUGCUUAAUCACUUUUGGAAGAGUACGGGACUUUGUCCACCGGCUCCACAUCAAGAGGACUACAAGUAUUUUUUGAGCGAGGAUGAGAAGCAGAAUCUGGCUCUGAUUGGGUCUGUUCCAAGAAAUGGCAUCAAACAAGUCCGUAUACAUUGGCUACUGGAUCUUGUGAAAAUCAGCUCAAUUGAAGGUUCCGCCAUCACCUACAACUUCACCCUCUUGGAUGGACUGGUGGAGCAGUUACAUUCCAACGGUCUUCAGCCUGGAUUUGAACUGAUGGGCAACCCAUCGGGCUGGUACAAUGACUUUGAGAACAAGACCCAGGUCUUUGCUUGGCGGGACCUGGUCCAGAUCUUAGCCAAGAGAUUCAUUGAUCGUUAUAGCCUUGCUCAUGUCAGUGAAUGGAACUUUGAAUCUUGGAAUGAACCAGACCAUGGAGAUUUUGAUAACCUCAAUUUUACAGUUCAAGGUUUUCUAAAUUACUACGAUGCAUGCUCAGAAGGCCUGAAGGCUGCCCAUCCUAGCCUGAAACUAGGUGGCCCUGCUGACAGCUGUAGGGAACCAAUGCACGCUACCAAGAAGAGCUGGGCCCUACUAGAUCACUGUGCAAAUGGUAUAAACUAUUUCACAAAGGAGAAGGGCAUUAGACUUGACUAUAUAUCCCUCCAUCUCAAGGGUGGAGGUGCAUCGAUGUCAAUACUUGACCAAGAGCUUGCCAAAAUGACAGAGAUUCAGUUAAAAUUUCCUUCUUUUGUUACAACACCAUUUUACAAUGAUGAAGCUGAUCCUUUGGUUGGUUGGAGUAAGCCAGAAUGGUGGAGAUCAGAUGCUACCUAUGCUGCAAUAGUUGCCAAGAUAAUUCUUCAGCACCAGAAUGAGAUGAUCAGAAAGCACACCAACAUUAGGUACACCCUCCUCAGCAAUGACAAUGGAUUCCUCAACUUUCAUCCGUACUACUUUGACCAGCGAACCCUUGUCACACGCUUUCAGAUGAACGAGACAAAGCCCCCUAGUGUUCAGACCAUCAAGAAACCGGUGCUAAGCAUCAUGGGAUUGCUCUCCCUUCUCGGAGAGCAGCAGGUGGAGGUCAAUGACUUCUCGUAUCAGGUCAAAGAUACUGGUGGAGAUAUUGGUGUCCUUGCUACAGUCCACUCUCCAACCCAUUCAGGAGGAUGUGAUAGCUGGCAGGCUGGUAUCCUCAUACACAACAGUGCAGACACAGAUAACGUGACUGGUACAGAUAACUUCCAGCUUGAAGUUACUGGUGUCAACCCAAGUCUUACAACUAAUAUGGCAGAUCUAGCGGUUGAACUAGUUUAUGUUGAAUACCUCCUGGAUAACACUCAUGGAAACCCUGCAGCCUUCUGGAGAAAGUAUGGAUCACCAGUCUAUCCUACUAGAAAACAGUUCAAAGAGAUGAGAGAAAAUCAGGAGCCUGUACGUAUUGCCGGACCUGAGACCUUCACACUCCCAGAGAUGACAUUCAAUAUAUCACUCAAUAAACCAGGAGUUAGCCUCAUUCAUGUUUGUGCAAAAUCUUCAUUAGCUCCUGAUAAGGUUACUGGCCUUCGGCUUCACCGGUACACAACAUCAGAUGUCCUGGUGAUUUGGAAUGAUUCUAAUAUCACAACUCGAUGUAUACUCACAUAUGAAGUGGAGCAUUCUUCCACGGGGAAUGAGGGACCAUAUCAAAGAAUCAACUCUGUCGAUCUCAUUUUUACUUUGUUUGUCUAUUCACCUGAUGAAGAUAGCAAUGGUGUUUUAAGUGGUGUAAGUGGCUGGUAUCGUGUUAGAGCAGUAGAUUACUGGAACAGAGCAGGACCCUAUUCAGAUCCAGUGCAAAUCACAACCUAAACAUGUUCUACCUGGAGUUGAUUACUGUAAUUCGUUCAAAUUUUAUUGAUUUUUCCUUUGUAAAAUAGUAUGAAAUAUUUUACUGACUAAUGAGAGAGAAAGAUAAGUUAACUACAUGUUUAACAAAUAAAAUAAUUUACUGAGAUUUUAUUCUGAUUGCUAUUUGUAAACAAAAUCAAAGUUUCAAAGCUUGGAUGUUAUACCUUGGAUGUAGGCAUUUGAAUUUAAGAGUACUGGCUGCUAUGUGCCUCUUGAUGACUUCUCAUGAAUUCCAAACACUUAACGGCACUGUACAGCAUUUGAACAUGGACAGGCAAAACUUCCAUUAGGGUCAACUUUCUCUUUUCUUGAGUUCCAAUAUUUCAACAAAUUGGAUUUGAAGCUGUUUACAGAUGGGCUCUUAACUACGUUUCAAUGUUAAUAAAUUGCAUAUGAUGAAAUUUAUUAUCAUUGAUAUACUUUAAAAUGAAUUAUGUAGAUUAGUCGUGUAAAUUUAUGUCAUCAGUUUGGAAAGCAAUUUUAUAUUUUCAUGUCUUGUCCUAAGGAGAUGCUCUAAUGAAAGUUUUGCACAUUUAUCUAUUUUAAAUGUAUUCAUAAUUAUCUCAACAACAAAAAAUGUUGUACAGCUUAGAUGUAGGCAUUGAAGAGAUGCUAAGUCAGUACUCUAAGCUUAAAAAUAGUGACCCAUUUCAUGAGAACAUGUGAUUAUGAAAACUUAGCCAUUAUAGUUAAUUAUUACCAUGGAAACCUUGCUCUUGAUUGGCUGCCAUGCCCAUUUUCCAUGCUGUAAUUUUAUGACCUAUUUGAAAAAAGGCCCAAAUGUAGGAAAAGGUCUUUUCAAAUUUCAGCUCGGAUUCAUUCUCUUGAUUGAGAUGAUUUAAAGAUAAGAGUUUUGAUGUACAUGUACUCUACCUCUUAAAAUUCAAGUUUCAUUGUGCAAAUGACUAUUUGAACUUGAUUUGUAUUUGUUAUGUAUGCAUGUAUGUAGUAAAGAGGAAUUUUCCUUACCUUAUAUCCCCUUCAUUAUCAAUUUAUAUUGAUUAUAAUUCAUAAUUUAUUUUUUUUCAUGGGAUGCUGUGUAGAGUGUCCCAUGAUACAGGUGCUUCAGCCUCCCCCUCCCUUUUUUUUUAAAAAUAGAAAAAAU